GCCGAGCGCCCACAAGACAGCCUGUGAUUGGUUCUGCGUUGUCCCGCCCCUCGCUGUGUUCUGCGUGCGCCUGCGUGAACUGCCCCGCCUCGGCCCGGAAAUCUGCGUCACCAGAAGGGCAGUUAUAAACGCCGCAGCAAGGGGCGGUGCGUCUCUCUAGCUUCCUUGGCAUCCACCUGUAUCUAGAGGUAGGUUUGGCCGCUGUGGCCGCUCGUUAUAUGCAUGCUGAUGAUGGUCGGGGCGUUGGUUGAAAAUCACCCCCGGUUUUGGCUGUAGCCGGGAGUGAGAUGCGGCGCCCAAAGCCAGCAGGGGCCUCAGCUCACCGCCCACUGCCUCGUGUGCGGGGGUGAAACCCAGGCCCCGACAGGUGGAGUAGCCCGGGACUCCGGUGCGGCCGUCCGCAUGGUCUGGCUUUCGACCCCUAACUCUACUUUCUAUCCACAGGACCCUGGUUGUUUCCCGCCUGACGCCGCCGGGACCAAAAGCAAAAGGAUUUGGUUCUUACAUAUUGAAUAAAGAAGCUGUGUAUCAAAUUACCCGCGUGUAGAUGUUCCUAUGUUCCGCAUAUCAGGCUGGGGGGGGAACCUUACUGGGAUUCCACCUCUUCCCAGGCUAGCUCAACGCAGCUUUGGACACACAAGGGUAGAAUUUUGGAGGUUGGCAGGUGGCGUCUUAACGCCCUACACCCCUUAAAUGGCAGACCCAGGUUGAGAAUACUGUUCUCUAUCCGUGUCCUAGACUUCACCUCCACAGUGACAGGUAAAGUAGCCUGAGCUAAGGGGAGGCAGCUGGGGCCAGCAAACCAGUAGUACAAGGACAGCUGUGUAGAAUUCAUGGCUUAGCACCCUGAAUUUUGGGCCCUAACUGAAGAGACCCAGUGUGUCAAAAAGUUUUAAGUUCCUAGAAGUCCUGCCACCUGGGCAGCUGUAUGUGAGAGGGGAGGGGAGCAAUCCCUGUGAUCUUGUUGAAGCCUUGACUUUGUGAUAGUAGGUCCCAGAAGUUUGGUUCCUAGUCUGAUGGUGCCUGGGGAUCAGCUGUCGACCAUCCCCAUGGCAGGGUGCUCUAUAGACUUGCAGGUCAAGGCUGCCCUCUCCUUCUCAUGUGCUCAUUCAGAGAGGGGAGCAAGAGCUAAGUGAUGCAGGAUCCCAGUGGGCCCUGGACCAAGGCUGUGAUUGGCCUGAGCUGGACAAUGCCACUGUGAUGUCGGCCCACACCCACUGUGAAAUGCAGGCUCCUGACCCCUGAGGAUCAGUAGAGCUGCAGUCAAGACAGAUCAUGAGUGGCGGGUAUGAUCUCAACCUCUUCGCCAGCCCGCCUGACUUAAACUUCCUGUGCUCUGUCUGCCAUGGAGUUCUCAAGAGGCCAGUGAGGUUGCCAUGCAGCCACAUCUUCUGUAAAAAGUGCAUCCUCCGGUGGCUAGCUAGACAAAAGACCUGUCCGUGCUGCAGGAAAGAGGUGAAAAGGAAAAAGAUGGUCCAUGUGAAUAAACUCCGGAAAACCAUUGGCCGUCUAGAAGUUAAGUGCAAGAACGCUGAAGCAGGCUGCUUGGUGACAUGCCCCCUGGCCCAUCGCAAGGGGCACCAAGACUCAUGCCCAUUUGAGCUGAUGGCCUGUCCUAACGAGGGCUGCACUGCACAGGUGCCUCGUGGCACCCUGGGUGAGCACCAACAGCACUGCCAGCAAGGUGUCCAGCAGCGCUGCUCUCUGGGCUGUGGGGCCACCCUGGGUCCAGCCCAGCGUGCUAGCCACAACUGCUACCGCGAGCUGCGUGAGGCCUGGAGCCAGCGCCAGGAGCGCAGCCGGGUCCUGCUGUUGCACCUCCUGCAGCGCGUGCGCCGUGUACACCGGGCCACCAGCCUUGUCCGUCGGCAGCUGGCCCAGCUCAGCAAAUUCCUGGAAGAAGAUGAGGCCCUGCUCAUGGGUGCCCCGCAGGAGGCAGUUGAGGGUGCCCCAGAAGGCAGUAUGGGGGCUGAGGUCUGGGGGACCCAGGGCUAAGUUACC